AACAGAUAAAGCGAGGAACAAUCCACAGCAAGUUUCCCUCCUAUUGGCACCGAUCGCCCGUGCACUCUUUCGAUCGCCGCCCUGGUUUCGUGACAGCCACAGCCGCCUCUUCUUAUCUCGGACUCCCCUCCGCGACGAGUUCACAGCAAUCGUGUCAGAUUCAACGAGGAUUCUUGUUGCCAUAGUCCUCGGAUCGAGCAUAGAAAUAUCCGUGCUGUGCAGAGUAAUUUUGCAAUUGAAUCCUUGGACGGUAUCUGUCGCGAAGUCGGCAUGUCAGACAACGGAGAAGGUCCUUCGACCAUGGGUCCUAGGCCCGUGCCCAUAUCGAGCAGCCCGAGACGCACUGGUUCUCCUGCGCCGGGUUCAUUCCAGCGGCAGGCUUCUAUUGCCCGUUUAGCAUCUCCAGUACCGUCGCCGUCAAACACUGGAACCUCGCCUGCGAGGCAGGUUCCCGUCCAACCCCAGCCGACAACAGAGCAGAAUCUCCGGAAGGUUGACAUCCCAUCCUCUCUAACCGGGGGAGGGAGCUCCAUGAUCUCAGCAGCGCUUAAAGACAGCUUUGGUCGCUCGCCUCCGAGACUUGGAACCCCCCCGAGACGGACUGCUUCUCCCGCGUUGCAGAACCUUGACAGCCCCUCGAAGACUAAUUAUGGAUCCUUCGAUGGCGGAUGGAGGGAGGGCUCUGAAUAUUCAUCUGUUGCCCCGUACGAGGACCCGGAAGUUGUAAAGAGACAUUUAGUACUCCCCCAAAAUCUUACGGACAGAGACCGUGAGGCUUUGAAGAAUACCGCAGUGGUACCUGAUGACAAUGAAUUCUCGAGUCUGCAACUUCAAGGUGGCGAUAUGACGAGACAGGUAUACCGGUGGGCAGAGGAUACGGAGGCUGGUCGAAUGCCCGCUCGAAGCAAGAGUUUCAGUAUCAACCGCCCAACGCCCGAGAGUGAGACCAUGGAUAUCAAUAGCAUCAGGAUCCCAGGUGGAUUCCGGAGAGAUUUUAUACGAAGAGCUGCAGGUAGUCCUGCGCCUGCAAGCCAUUCUGACUCGAGAAACGGAGCGUCACAAAAUCAGCCUAAAAUCCCGACAAGCAGCUUUCUAGAGUUUCUCUCCCUUUACGGCCACUUUGCUGGUGAAGAACUCGAGGAAGAUGAUGAAGUACUGGGUCCUGAUGAAUAUUUUUGCUCUGAUGCCUUGGAUGAGACAGAAGAUGGAGGGCCAACGGAGGAGUCAGCCCUGUUGCGACCUGAAACUGCUGGAGGAAAGAGACGGAAACAUAAGGCACCUCGCGUAAAAGGAACCAACAACAGAACAGGAGCAGCUUUACUUCUACUUAAAUCGUUUGUUGGUACAGGCGUUCUGUUUCUACCAAGGGCCUUCUUGAACGGAGGCAUGUUAUUCAGCAGCCUGGUACUUCUCGCCGUCUCAAUUCUCAGUUACUACUGCUUCAUUCUAUUGGUGAAUUCUCGACUAAAGGUUGAUGGCUCUUUUGGUGACAUCGGUGGUGCACUUUAUGGGAAGAACAUGAGGCGUAUCAUUCUCUCCUCUAUCGUUCUGAGCCAGUUAGGCUUCGUUUCCGCGUACAUUGUGUUCACGGCUGAGAAUCUACAAGCAUUUGUUCAGGCAGUGAGCAACUGCAAAUCAUUCAUCGACAUCAAGUUCAUGGUAUUGAUGCAGUUGGUUAUCUUCCUGCCUCUUUCGCUGAUUCGCGACAUCAGCAAGCUUGGGUUCACAGCCCUCAUAGCGGAUGUCUUCAUCCUUUUGGGUUUGAUAUAUCUCUUUUACUACGACUUCAUCACAAUUGCAGCCCAGGGAGGAAUUGCAGACGUCAAGGCCUUCAAUCCAUCGACCUGGACUCUUUUCAUUGGCACCGCCAUAUUCACAUAUGAAGGGAUUGGGCUCAUCAUUCCAAUUCAGGAAUCGAUGAAGCAUCCGCAGCAAUUCCCGGGUGUCCUUGCUGGCGUUAUGGUGAUCAUUACAAUUGUCUUUCUUGGGGCCGGCGCCAUCAGCUACGCUGCUUACGGAUCCGCAACUAAGACCGUCGUUAUUCUAAACCUGCCUCAAGAUGACAAGUUUGUGAACGUUGUUCAGUUCCUCUAUUCCAUGGCUAUACUGUUAAGCACGCCCCUGCAGCUCUUCCCGGCAAUUCGGAUCAUGGAAAAUGAGUUGUUCACCCGCAGUGGUAAAUACAACCCCGGUAUCAAAUGGAAGAAGAAUUGCUUCCGCUUUAUCCUUGUCAUGAUUUGCGCAUUCGUCGCUUGGGGAGGGGCGAGUGAUCUUGAUAAGUUUGUUUCUCUGGUUGGAAGCUUCGCCUGUGUCCCAUUGAUCUACGUCUAUCCCCCUCUCCUACACCUCAAAGCCUGCAGUCAGUCAAGAAAGCAGCAAAUUGCUGAUAUCGUGCUUGUCAUCUUCGGCGUCAUCUCCUGCAUCUACACCACCGCGUUAACCAUAUCCAACUGGGUAGGUGCAGAGGAUGUAAAGGCUCCUGGCUACUGCGAUACGUAAUUCAAUGUGAAGAUGGGAAGACCUUGAUGAUUUCCCCCUCUACUCCAUUAUGAAUUUCACGUUAUAGACUCGGUAUAUUAUGCCACGGAAGUUUUCUGCGCAAGGUCUGCCCAUUUUUGAGCUGCUCUUCAAGUAGCUGCCUUUUGUUUCUUUCGGCUUUAUAUACCCACUCGCUGCGUCUGUGUCCUGGGUUAUCCAAGACAAGACAGCGAUGGCGGUUACCUAGUUGCAGGGAGCGAGCUGGUGCGCUUUGCACAGGUAGAUCAAGCAGCAGUCGGCCUGUCUCCUUGCAAACAUGUAUAUAAGCCCGUUGCUACUUUCUGGAGUUAGAUAGAAAAUAGUUCAGUUGAAUAGGAAUUCUUUU